GAUUCCUUUUACACGGUGACGGCGCAGCUGAGCAGGCGCAGGCAGCAGCAGCAAGAAUCCACUGGCCGUACAGUUGGCAAUCUGACGAAGUGGUCUUCGGAAACUUGAAGGCUCAAAACAAAAACCACUAUGACUUCGACGAACACGUUCCAAGGGUUGGAUAGUGCCUCCAAGCCGAGUUCCAGGGUUUUGCGGCCUCCUGGAGGUGGAUCCAGUAACUUGUUUGGUGGCUACGAAGAUGAUGCUGCAGCAUCAAGAAGACCCAACAAAAUGGCCUCUAAACUUUUUUCUCCACCAGAGGAGCCUCAGAACAUGCCAAGACGCUCCAAUCCUCCAGGUGGGAAGAGUAGUGGAAUAUUUGGGCAGCCCGAACCCGCUGCUCAACCUCAGAGACCUGUACCACCAGGUGGAACAAGUAGCCUUGGAUUUGGUAGUGCACCAGAGCAAAGUCCAAAAAGAAGCCACCCAAAUAAGCCAAAGGACAAUCUAAGUGUGGGACCUGAACCUGAAUUACCAGCAUGUGAACCCAAGGUCAGGCAGCCUGAGGUGAAGGAAGAGGUUGCCCCUCCAGCUGCCGUGCCAGCUAAAGAAGAGCCUGUUGCUGUGUCGGAUCCUAAACCCACUUCUUCCUCCUCAUCACCUGCUGAUGAGACUUUACUGAAGAACCUCGAGCCUCACCUGGGACCUAGGCCUCGCUCUCACAACAGGGUCCUCAACCCACCUGGAGGAAAAUCCAGCGUGGUAUUCUACUGAUCAGCUGAACACGCUGCUCCUCCCUGUUAGUGUCCAUACACUUCUUUGUCUGAUCCUCUGUUGCUCUUUUCUCAUUCCAUUAUGCCUCUCCUUGCGUUUAUUUCACCUGUUCUUCUUAACACAGAUCAGGUCUCAUGUUCGCUUCAGGUGCCCAUUCAAACAUGUUGUCAACGUCUUGCACUUUUUGAUCGCGUGUCUGUUUCCUUGCUCUUUCUCCAAAGCAUAUUGUUCUUCACUAAAUCCUGCAAUUAUACAAUCACCUACUGGUAAAUCAACAGACAACUUGACUAUAACUCUGUCCAAUCUCAAUAUUGCAGUUACAAUUGUACCAUUUUUGUGUUUCAGCAUGUGUAACUGUACUGUGUUUUUUCGUUGAUAUUUUAGCAUCUCAAAAAAGGUUGACGCAUCAGAAGAAGCUUUAAAUGAUUGUUGAUUCAAACGAUCUGAUGUGACUCAAAAUCCUUGCACAAUUUUCAUCACAGACACUUGCCUGAAUUAGUUUGAAAGUCUUAACUUUUUCAGACAGGAGGGGUGAAGCUGUCUGUCACCAGUGUAAUAUGUGAAAUGUUUCAGAAAGUGCCACCUUUUUACAUGCUGCCACUUCCUUACUGGAUGACAUUAAACCUUUUGUGUGGCAGUUAUGACUUAGUAAGCCUUAUAUAUCAUCUAAGCAUUCUUUGUUGCCUUAUCGCUUAUUUCAACAUAUGUCCAAAUUAAUGACUUGCUGUCAGAGCACAAACUUUGUUCUGAGGGAAAUGCUGUUAUUUUGACUUUCAAAGACAAAUACAAUCAUUUACUCAUAGAUGCUUCUCUGUCCGUUUUUAAAAGAAAUUCCUUUUUGAUUAUAACGCGAAUGUAUUGUGUGCAGGUACUUUGUGAUUUGUCCUCAUUGCUUGCUUUAUUUGAGAACAUGCCUCUUGUUUGCAUGGGGUAGGCCUCUGUUAAUGUUUUAAAUUAAAACGGCUGAAGACAGUGAACUCUGGACAAGCACGUGGCCUACCUGAGUCUAGGUGGGCUCAUUGAUAAUCACCUUUUCACUCACUUCAUGACGCACAUUCAUGGUGCCAGCCUGUCCCUAGUGUGUUGAUGUGCCUGGCAGGCAAUGAGCACAGCGGAAGAAAGAAAUCCUGUGUAUUGCAAUAAAACCGUUGUUUUGCAUUUA